AUUAUCGGCGAUGCUCCAAUUCGAAUAACAUUUCUAUUUCGAAGCAAAUCAUCUCCCCUUCGCCUCCGAUCUCUCAAACGUUUGCAAUUUUUGUUAUUUUCUCGCUCUGUAUCUAUCGAUUCCAUCUAUAACUACAAAAUUGUAUACCUCUUUUUUUAUAUAGAUGCAAUUUUAUGUAAACAGAGGGAUGUGCUCAUAAAUAGAUUCCCUUUUUGGGAACUUCUGUAGAGGAAAGUUCGAAUUAGGGUUUCGAGUUUCUGAAAGGCUAGGGCUUUUUUGCGGCGUCUUGGGGGAUUGAAGGGUAUCAAAUUUUGGAUUCCAAUUAUUAUUAUUAUUAUUAAUUUUUUUUGUUGGUGAAAUAAAAUAUCGCUUCUUUUUAGUUUUCAAGGUUUGAACUUGGGUUGGAGUUUUCUGAAGCUUAGGGGUCUCUGGGAUAGUGAAGUGAAAUUAGUUAUGACUCGAAGUUCGAGGCACAAAUCCCAUAAACAAAGCAAACACAGUUCGAAGGAUUAUUCGGAUUCUGAAGAGGAUGUAAAGUUGAAGGAGAAAAGUAGCAGAGAUGAGAAUCCUGCCAGGGAUCAUCGGGGUUCAACCUCUGGAGAGAAGCGAAAAUUUUCAUCUGUGUUGAGAGAAGGGAAUGAUUGCAAAGAUCUGAGGAAUGGUGAGGCAUCAGAGGAGUAUGUUUUGUCAAAACUACGGAAAGAGAAGGCCAACGUUGGCAAGGCGAGAGCUGAUGUAAGUGUGGGUGUUGGCGAUGAUAGGUGGAGGGGUUAUGGUGAGGAUAAAGGAGAUACUGAUAGAAAUGUUAAAAAGGAAAUAAAUAAAGGGGAAAGUUUGAAAUUUGACUCGAAACUGAAGGAAAGUAACAGCAAAGGGGAAACUUUGAGAAUUGAGUCAAAGAUUAAAAGAAAAAGGUAUGAGAUUGGGAGUGGUGGUGAGAUUAAGGAGGAUAAUAUAGCAUCACUGGUGGUGGAGAAAGAGGAGAGUGAACGGAAAGGAGAGUCAAAAGGGAAGUCUGAGAGGGAUUCCUCAGGGCGGAAGGAAGUGAAGGAAUCCAAGGGGCGUGGGUCAGAGAAGGAGAAGAGGGUUGGUGAGGAGAGUAUGCGUGGGGAUGCUGAGGUUAAAUCCAUGGAGGUGUUUGGGCAUAAGCAAGGGUCACAGUUAGAAGAUUUUAGUGAGGAGACAAAGGCUAAACGAGGUCUAGAAAAUACUGAGUGUCCUUUACAAGAUGAGUUGAAGAAUCCCAGGUUCGAGAAGGAACUCGAGAAAAGGAUACGAAGGAGAAAAGAAGGUUCUGAUGUCAGAGAGGCACAUUACAAUGAUUUUAAAGAAAUUGAUGAGAGGCUCUUGCUAUCAAGAGGUGAUCCUGCCAAAGAUGUAAAAUACAGAGAAGAUAGGCACAGGGAUGGAGGUAACAAGGACAAGUAUCAGAAAGAUGGCCAAAAAGAUGGUAGGCACCGGGACGACAAGUACCUGGAUGAUGCCGACAAGUACGGCAAAUUUCGGGAUGGUAAGUAUCGGGAAGAUGGUGGCAGAGAUGCCAGACAUAGAGAUGAGAGACGUCGAGAGGAUGGCAGUAGAGACUGCAGACACGGGGAUGAAAAUUUUCGGGACGAUGGGGGGAAAGAUAACAAGCAGAAAGAUGACGAGUAUUGGGAAGGCAGUGCAAGAGACAUUCAGAACAAGGAUGAUAAGUAUGCCAAAGAUGGCGAGAGGGGUAAUAGACGUAGAGAUGAUCGAUACCAUGGAGAUAUUGACAAAUAUGGUCGGCACAAUGAUGAAAGGUUUCAUGAAGAUGGUGACAAAGAUGACAGACAAAGGGGUGAUUAUAGAGAAGAUGGUGAUAGAGAUGGUAGAUACAAGGAAGAUAAGCAUCGGGAACAUAUUGAAAGAGACAGUCGGCAUAAGGAUAGUAGGCGAGGAGAUGAUUUUGGUAGAGAGGAUAGACUGAAAGAGGUUAAGCAUAGGGAUGAACGUGCCUCAAGAGACUUCUCUGCUGACAAGUCUGACCCCAAACACUCUAGGGAUGAUGGUUAUGGUGAGGAUCGUCGCUCCAGGAAAUUAAAAGCAUAUGAUUAUAGUCCAAAACUGGGUGGUCAAAAUGCCAGGUAUAAAGAUGACCAGGGUAGGAGAAAAACUAAGGAAAAAAGGGAUUAUGAUGACAAUAGAUCUCAAAGUACCAAGGUUAAAGAGUUCGAAUCAGAGAAGAAUUCUGCCAGCAGUGUGAGAAUGGGCAUAGUUACUGAGAUGGAAAGGUCUAUAUCUAAGAAUGCUGAUGUAGAACUUACAUCUAAUCAUAUCAGACGUCACAGUUCUCCUAGCUCAAGUUCUCAUGGUACAAGGGAUCCCUACAGGCUCCCAAAACAAGAAGACUCCAAGUAUCAUGCUUAUGACGAGAGAGUUCAGUACAGCAGAGAUUAUUCUAGUGCUGCAGGAGGAGCUUCUAAGGCAACCCCAUCUAGAUCGAUGGAGAAACUUGAUAUUAAAGAAGACAGCCAGUUCGGAGAAUUGUCAGCCAAAAGGCGUCUGAAAUCGGACAUUCGCUCAUCUCCCUCACAGCUAGUGGAUAAAUCCCCAGCAUCGAGCACUGAUUGGAAAUACUUUGCUAGAUCUGAUGUAAGGCAGAGUCUUGAUGUUGAAGAAUCAGCACAGCGGAGUGGUGCUCUGCUAGAUGCAAAGGGGUACUCUGGUAAGGAAGGCAGGGGAAGACGUGAGUUAGUCAUGGACAUAGUUCCUGGAGAUGAACUUUCACAGGCUGAUGCAGAUAAUCUAUCUGUUUCUUCACCUUUUACGAGAAAUACACAUUUAUCUAACAGUUUUAAGUCAAUGCAACCACCUCCUCUCUUCAGGACAGGGUUGGAGAGCCCUUUAUUGUUAGGAUCUGCUGAAGACAACAGCAGAAGUAUGUCAAAUAGCCAUAAUAGGAGAAUUGGCAAUCCCAACAUGGGAAGAGUUCAAGGAAAUGAUUUGCGAGGUGUACCAAAUUGGCCUUCCCCUUUGGUAAAUGGUUUCAUGCCUUUUCCUCACGGUCCACCUUUUCAUUCAGUGAUGCAGCAGUUUCAUGGUCCACCAAUCUUUGGUAUUAGAUCAUCUAUGGAGUUAAACCAUCCCUCUCCUUACCAUAUGCCUGAUGCUGACAGGUUUACUGGCCCUGGGCGUCCUAUGGGAUGGCGCAAUCCUGUGGAUGAUUCGUGCCCACCUCCACUGUAUGGUUGGGAUUCAAGCAGUGCUGUCUAUGGUGAGGAUUCUCAAAUUUAUGGAAGGCCAGAUUGGGACCAUUCUAGGAGCCUGCCCGGUAGUAGAGGCUGGGAGACCAGGGGAGAUUUGUGGAAGGGACCAUAUAAAACUGCAAGCAUUGAUAUGGCGUCUUCUGAUAAAGAGAAUGGCUUCUCUCAAAUUGCAGAUGAACCUUUGGUUGAUCAGUCAAUUCAACAGGCUAAAAGCACGAGGGUACUCUAUUCCAUCGGAUGGAAUGCGAGGACUGCCCGACAAGCUGAAAUAGCUUUCUCGGGAGCCUUUGGAGGGGGUCGGGUUAAUCCCAUGAUACAUCCAUGUACUGAGUAUUCAAAUGUGGAAUAA